GUUAAUACUUAUUAUUAGCCCAAUUUCUGUUUUGUUCUCCGUCAGUUUCAGUUCAUUUUACCCGACUGGGAAGGCUUAUUUUUUCUCUCGGCGACAUUUACCAGUUGAUCGCAAAAAGAGUUCAUGGAAAUUAAGAUGACUUUCCCUCACCGCCUGAAGUUUGCAUUAUUUUUUAUAUGUUGCAUGCAACAUGUAUAUGCUUCAACUUCAUCAGUAAACGCGUCCAGCUCGUCCAUGUCGGCGGCGGCCAAUUCAUCCACGAUAACACAGGCAAACUCAUCAACGACAGUUGUUGCCACAACAUCUGCAAUGUCUUCAGGUUCUCAUGCAGCGUCUACAGGUAGGGCGUACACCACAGGAGCACCAAUGGCGGCGACAACAAAUGUGUCCUAUACAUCAGAAGCGUCCGCUACAACCAUAGUACCACCAACCUCAACAACUCACAAUACAACCAUGUCAGCAAGUGCUUAUGUGAACAAUGCAAGUGCGCAUGUCCUAACAUCAUCAUCCAUGUUCACCGCGCCUAAUGUGACUAUCAGUAUCAGAGACGAGUACUCGUCACCAGAUUGCAAAUCUUGUAGCAAUGGAGGAACCAUCACAGUGACCAAGUUAUGUGACAUCAAGAUGCCAUCUAAAGACGAUAAUAAAUGUGACAAGGACAAGUUCAAUAAAACCCGCUGUAGUUACGUUACUUUGGCCGAUAAAAUGUAUCGCUGUGCUGAGGUGUUACAGAAUUACACGAACCAUGUGGAGAAAAAAUUGAAAAUCGUUAAAAAUUGUAAUAAGGAAUGCCCAGCCUCUGGUUCAGUGUUGUCUCCACACCUCGCGUUCAUUUUUGCAACUGGCCUCGUCGUGGGAAUGUUAUCGCAGACUCUGUGAUCCACCGACCUUGAAAAAGCUGAAGUAACCAGAAAGAAAAAUAAACUCCAUUUCAGUUUUUCAGGAGUAAUGCCACUGAAAUUUGUUUUUCACUGUUAUUUAAUUGAAGUUCAAUAGGUACAAGCCAAGAGAUUUUAUAAGAAAUCUUUAUAGCGAAAGUUAAGUAUUUCUGUAAAUAAAAUAGACACUACUACUGACAUGGAUAGAAGUCACUUGUAGAUAAAGAUGGUGUAAUCAAAACAUUUUAUGGAAGCAAAUAUGAUUGAACUGAGUGGAGUAAAAUUUUGUCUGAAAUUAUGCGCCUGAUUUCAAAAUCAAACGAGUGCGCAGCGCUAGUUUAUAAUGGUAACAGGAACGAGCGCAGUCCAAUUCGGUCUGUAAUCAUACGAGUGAUUAACAAAAUCGGACGACCGCGAAGCGGGAGUCUGAUUUGUUAAUAACCUUAUUAUUACAGAUUGAAUUGGAUGACACGAAGUUUUGCUACCAAUUAAUCAAAACUAUGACAAAAUUUGAGAAAGAAACUAGACAUCGGUUAUAAGUUUUCAUCUAG